ACUGGUUCCUCCCCUCUCAACUGCUCUGGUUCCUAUAAAAACCUCACAGCGUUCCACUAACAUCCUGUAGGAGCCUCUCUCCCUACUGCUGCUACACACAACCCUGCCACUGACCUGCAGGACGAGACCAUGAAGAGCCUGGUCUUUCUCGCCAUCCUGGCUGCCUUAGCGGUGGUAACUUUGUGUUAUGAAUCUCAUGAAAGCAUGGAAUCUUAUGAACUUAAUCCCUUCAUUAACAGGAGAAAUGCGAAUACUUUCAUAUCUCCUCAGCAGAGAUGGAGAGCUAAAGUCCACGAGAGGAUCCGAGAACGCUCUAAGUCUGCCCAUGAGCUCAAUCGGGAAGCCUGUGAUGACUACAAGCUUUGUGAACGCUACGCCAUGGUUUAUGGAUACAAUGCUGCCUAUAAUCGCUACUUCAGGCAGCGUCGAGGGGCUGAAUGAGAUUGAGGGAAGAAAAAAAAAUCCCUUUUUUUCCAGAAGCUGGCACCUGAUUUUGUAUCCCCUUGUAGAAGCAUUACUGAAAUACAUAGACUCAUAUACGAUGCUUGUUUCCUGUAUAUUCUCUUGUCUGGCUGCACCCCUUUUUCCCGCCCCCCAGAUUGAUAAGUAAUGAAAGUACACUGUGGUGAGGGUCAAAGGAAAGUGAAUGUUCCAUAAUAAACUCCUGGUGUGAUACUUUCA